UCACUUUUCCUUGCGAAGUCAAGCGCGGGUGGCAAAGGAGCGGCAGCAGCGGCGGUGGUGGCGGCGGCUGUCUUGGUUCGAGCAGAUUUCUAACUCUGGAUCCCAUAGUAUCCUGAGAUCAUAUUGCUGCUUCCUGAUCAGAUUUUUAUGUUGAAGAAGAGUAAAAUGUUCUUACUGCUAAGCAUUCUAAGUUUUCUAUGUGGGACAUCAUAUUCAUUUGCUAGAGAUGAAAGCAAUCCUUUUCCUUGGGAUAAUAUUAGACUUCCAAAGCAUGUUGUUCCAAUUCAUUAUGAUCUCCUUAUUCAUCCAAAUCUCACAACUCUAUCUUUUACUGGAUUGUCCAAAAUAGAGAUUUUAAUAACCGAGCAAACUAGUUCAGUCAUCCUUCACAGCAAAUAUCUUCAGAUAACCAAAACUACUAUCCACAACAUCAAGGACAGCACUGAUACAGCUAAAGAAAUGAUGGUUUUAGAAUAUCCACCAUUUGAGCAGAUAGCACUUAUGUCUCCUGAACCUCUACAAGUUGAGCAGAGCUACAUUAUUAGCAUUGAGUACUCUGCCAAUUUAUCUGAUAGUUUUCAUGGUUUCUAUAAAAGCACAUAUAGAACUCUGGCAGGGGAAAUAAGGGUGCUUGCAUCAACCCAGUUUGAGCCAACAGCUGCACGUAUGGCUUUUCCGUGCUUUGAUGAACCUGCACUAAAAGCAACAUUUUCUAUUAAGAUCAGAAGAAGCCCAAAGCACCUAGCACUAUCUAAUAUGCCUUUGGUGAAAUCAAUAAACAUUAAUGAAUGGCUUAUUGAGGACCAGUUUGAUAUCAGUAUAAAGAUGAGCACUUACUUAGUAGCCUUCAUUAUUUCAGACUUUGAAUCAGUUACCAAGAACACAUUACGUGGAAUUAAGGUUUCAGUAUAUGCUGUGCCACACAAAAUCAAACAAGCAGAGUAUGCUUUGGAUGCAGCAGUGAAACUUUUAGACUUCUUUGAGGGAUAUUUUGGCAUUGCAUAUCCUUUGCCAAAACAAGAUCUAGCAGCUAUUCCAGAUUUUCAGUCUGGUGCAAUGGAAAAUUGGGGAUUGACCACGUACAGGGAAUCUGCUUUGUUAUAUGAUUCUGAAAAAUCCUCAGUAUCAAGUAAACUUGGAAUUACUAUGACAGUAGCCCAUGAACUUGCUCAUCAGUGGUUUGGAAAUUUGGUUACCAUGGAAUGGUGGAAUGAUCUUUGGCUUAAUGAAGGUUUUGCAAAGUUUAUGGAAUUUGUGUCAGUAAGCAAGACCCAUCCAGAACUGAAAGUUGAAGAUCAUUUUUUAAACAAGUAUUUUAAUGCCAUGGAAGUAGAUGCUUUAAAUUCUUCACAUCCUAUAUCGACUCCUGUUGAAAAUCCAGCUCAGAUUCUAGAAAUGUUUGAUGAUGUUUCCUAUGACAAGGGAGCUUGUAUUCUCAAUAUGCUACAGGACUAUCUCAGCCCAGAAAUUUUUCAAGCUGGUCUUGUGAAAUAUUUGUUGCGAUUCAGUUAUCAGAACACAAAAAACAAAGAUCUGUGGGACAGCUUAUCAGAUGUUUGUCCAGAUGCUGAUGGAAGUCAAAAUGGAGUUUGUAUCAGAAACAAGGAGAGAGUCUUAAACUCACACUGGACCAAAGCUGUGCUCCAUGAUGUGCAGGCAGUGAUGAAUACAUGGACGCUCCAGAAAGGAUUUCCUCUAGUGACAGUUACUAUUAAAGGGAAAAAUGUCCAUCUACAACAAGAACAUUAUUCAAAAAAACCUACUUUUUCCUCAACAGCUGGAAGUCUGUGGCACAUUCCAUUGACAUAUCUUACCAAUAAAUGUAAUGACGUUCAGAGGUUCUUGCUGACAACCAAAACAAAUGCCAUAGUCCUCCCAGAAGAAGUGGAUUGGAUAAAAUUUAAUGUAGGAAUGAAUGGUUAUUAUAUUGUGCAUUAUGGAGAUCAUGGCUGGGAUUCUCUAAUUCGCCUGUUAAAAGACAAUCAUGAAAAAAUAAGCAGCAAUGAUCGAGCAAGCCUCAUUAACAAUGUAUUCCAGCUGGUGAGUGCUGGAAAAUUGUCAAUUGAAAAAGCUCUUGAUUUAACAUUAUACUUAAAACAUGAAUCUGAAAUUACUCCUGUAUAUCAAGGACUGAAUGAGCUAGUUCCUUUGUAUAAACUGCUGGAGAAGACAAACAUAAAUGACACAGAACAACAAUUAAAGGCAUACAUAGUAAAUCUAUUUAAAAAUAUGAUUGACAAACAGUCUUGGGAUGAUGAAGGUACCGUGUCUGAGCAAAUACUUCGAACCUCCCUACUUACAUUUGCAUGUGUACGUAAAUACAAACCAUGUGUAGACAAGGCACAAGAGUACUUCACGAAAUGGAAGGACUCAGAUGGAACUCUGAAAUUGCCGAAUAACAUUAAGAUGGCAGUAUAUGCUGUUGGAAUACAAACAGAUGAAAACUGGGAUUUCCUUUUCAGCAAGUAUCAGUUACCUGAAUUCGAUACUGAAAAGAAUCAGAUUGAAGUUGUACUGUGUCUGAGCCAAAACAAAGAAAAGCUUCAGUGGCUAAUGGAUCAAGCAUUGCAAGGUGACAUAAUAAAGACUCAAGAACUUCCUUCUAUAGUUAUUAGUGUUGGAAGGAAUCCUUAUGGAUAUCAAUUAGCUUGGAAAUUUUUAAAACAAAACUGGCAGAAACUUGUAAAAAAAUUUGACCUUGGCUCACACUCACUUGCACACAUGAUUACCGGCAUAACAAAUCACUAUUCCACAAAGGAACAGCUUGCUGAGGUAAAAAAUUAUUUCAGCUCAAUGGACAAAAAAACUUCAGAGCUCCGUGCUGUUCAACAAGCAAUAGAAACAAUUGAGGAAAAUAUCCAGUGGAUGGAUAAGAACCUUGAAAAAAUCAAGACAUGGUUACAGAUUAAUAGCAAAGUGUGAAAUUGUAUGUGAACUAUUGAUUCAGAAUUGACAAAAAUUUUGCAGUGGAAGAUUGCUCCUUUGCCUUAAAAGAGAGAAAAAAAGAACCAUGACAUUAGUUAUUGCAUCCAUGUAGUAAACACUGAAUUCACAUAUUCUGUUAUGAAUUAUGUCUUGGGGGGGAGGGGGUGGCUUUGGCUUAGCAUGUUCAAUGAAGUUCUGUCAAUAGGACAAGGUUAAUCAUACCAUAGUAACGUAUGAUGCGUUAGCCAGGUCAUUUAAAAAAGAUAAAUAAAGACUUGGGGCAGGGGGUGAGUUUGAAAUACACAAAAAAUAUUUUUGCCACAUAGGUUAUCCUUGACUUAAUCACCAUUGGGAAGAAAUUUCUAUUGCUAAGUGAUAUGGUCAUAAAGUAUGAUACAUGACCACAUCACUUAGUGACAAGCAAUUCAAGUUGUUGUUAGCUAAGGCAACACUCCAAUCUAAGUCACUCCAGACUUGAUCCCUCCCAGCCCCAAUACAAGCAUCUAAAACAGCAAAAAGGUUAUCAUUUACAUGUUUAAGAAACUAAGGUAGUAACUACUAUUAAAUAUGCACAUAAAUUUAGACAAAUAAUGUACGCAGGCUCCAUAAAAUCUCCAGAGGAUUAUUAGCUUUUGCAUGAAAUUUAGAAAUAAUGUUCUCAUAAGUACGUUUCAGGCCAGGGUAUAGUUUCAAUUGAUUAUAGUCAUUUUUCUUUGUAUCCCCAGAGUUUCACAUUGCUUAACCUGAGUACAGCAACAGGUUCCAUGAUUUCUAUUCUAGUAACAGGUGAUAGUAAUGAAAUGAGAUUUAAAAAAUCAGGCUUCCUGACUAACAAUAGAGGAUAAGAGAAAUAAGCUUAAAAAUUGCACAUAAGAUGCUUCAGAAAUUCUCCAGCUCAUACAAGAGACAAAAGUGGAACAAAUCACAAUAGGUAGAAUUGUUAUGAUAAACAAUCUCUUACCUUCUUGGGUGUUUUGGAUUUCUUUUCCUCCUUCCUAGUUUUAGAUGAGGCAGCACCUUUUGAUUUCUCCUCCUAUGCCCAACAGAGAAAAAUGCUUGUUUGUGUUCUAAGAAAUAACAUCUUUUCAAAGUGUUGCACGAGAUACAUACAGGUGAUCCUUAAUUUAUGGCCACAAUUGGGGCAGAAAUGGUCCUGAAGCAAAUCACAUUUAUGUGAAUCCAGCUUCCUUCAAUUAACAUUUCUUGUUAAAAGCCAGUUGGGAAGGUCACUAAUCAUGAUUAGGUAACCACAGGAUGCUGCUACCGGUUGUAAAUGUAAUCUGAUUUGGCAAAUGCCUGAAUUUUAAUCACAUGACUAUGGUGGCAAUGCAGUGGUCCUAACUUUGAAGACAGGUCAACAAUUACUUUUCCCUAUUUCAACCAUCAUUAAAUGGAUCAUCGUUAAGUCAAACAUUACCUAUAAAGAAAAACUGAAAUUCAUAUGAUGGAGAUCUGAAGGGUUCAGAAUAACUGAAAGGUGAAGCUAAAACUAGUUGUUAUAGAACACUGUAUAGUUCCAUACAAUAAGUUUAGGAGGCAUUAUGUUUUUAUAUAAUGGAGCUGCUGAGACUUUAGUUAAGGGAACACAUGACUGCGGGAAAUUAGAUCUGCCAAGCAUCUCCUUUUCUGGUUCUGCUUUCUCUCUCCUAUGGAAGAUAUAGGUUUUCUAAAUCUUAAUGUUUAAACAUGCAGGUUCAUGCAUAUAUUUUUAUUUAUGGUGUAAGAAUAAAGUCUUGCAUUUUAUUGAGGGCAUAUCAACAUGCACAUGGGAAAACUGUACCCUAUUUGUAUUUUUCUUAGAGAGACAAACAAACAAAAAGAAGCCUAUACUUAGCACAACUUUAUUAUGAGAAAAGCUUUAUUAGCUUUUAUUUAUUAGAGACAUUCAAAACAACUUGUAUUUUUGACGAGUGAAGACUUUCUUUGGAUAAUUUAGGCAGCAUUUGCAUUGGAGACAUUCUUGAGAAUUCAGAUUUACAACUAAGAACUAAAAGCAAGAACAGGCAUUUAAUACUUGUUCCCUCAUUCCAUUUGAUUCUUAAGAAACCUGAAUUAGCAUUUAAAACAACCAACUCUUUGCUCCAUUAUUUGAGUUAAUUUAUGCAUGUUCCUGAAAAAACUAGAAGUAAAAUGCCACUCUUAAACAGUAUUUGUUUAACAGGUUUAUUCUUAGCUUUAAAAGCUAAUGUGGGAUUAACCUCAGCUAUAUUCUUAUAUUUGGUAGAAUUUUUAAUAAUCUAAAAAUCAGGUUACCUAAAAAUUAAACCAAACCUAUCAAAAGAAGGAGUUUUGAUAAAGCUAUAUGCAAAUAAUUGUGAGUAGGUAAACCAUGAAUUCUGUAUUUUUAAAGAAUAUUUAAAUGAAUCCAGUCCUCAAAUUCUCAUGGAAAUAGGAAAGGAAAUAAAAUUAUGCAAGCAAAAUUAAAAACAUUAAAAAAUGCAUAUUCUAAAAACAGGCAGAUGGCGCUCUAGUAUAAAGCAUAGUAUAAAUGGGGAUGUUUUACUUAUUUAGAGGAGUGGCAUUAAACUGAGAAAACAUAUAAAACUAUUUUUCUAUUAAAUGUUGGCAUUGGAUAACCGCAAGAGACAAAACAUGAAUAAAUAAAUGAAUAAAAUGAAUAAAUAAAUUCAUUUCACACAGUAUCCAUGAUAAAAAGCCAGAGCUAACCAUGUUUAUUACAAUCAACCAAAUGACACAGAAGAGAAUAAGCUUUCAAGUUUCAAAAACUCUUAACAGUGUGUUUUGCUAUAUGAUUAAGAACACAGAUAGUUUUCAAAUUAUUUUUCAAUGUAUUUUUCUCCUUUUUCCUGGUCUAUUUCCUUAUUGAAGAAUUCUUGAAGCUCAAAACUUGGACAUAAUGAAGGUCUAAUAAAGAUUGUUGAACCAAA